GCUCAUUCAACAUUUUAGAGGGGACUGAAACAAAAAGUUGAAGAAAUGAAGUUGAAUCUUCCUUGGAUAGAAAGGCUCGAUUGUGUUAAUGAUCAAGCACCUUUAGCUCCUGAAAUUGCUGCUCAAAUAUCAACGCAGGAGGAAAGAAGAGAAACUCAGAUGAAAAAUAAUAAGAAGUUGCCGCAAUUUGCACCAAGUGAAGAUCCAGUGUUGAAUGAUUUUAAAAGGGAAAUGCUUUUCUACCGUAGAGCACAAGCUGCAGUAUCAGAAGCUAUUCCCAAAUUGAAAGGCUUGGGAUUGUUGACAAAAAGGCCUGAUGAUUACUUUGCAGAGAUGGCGAAGACAGACGAACACAUGCAAAAAAUUCGGGAACAUUUGAUGAAGAAGCAGGAACAGCAAAAGAGAAGUGAAAGGGUCAAACAACUUCGGCAACAGAGGAAAGAGGGGAAAAUGGUUCAAAUUCAAACGAAACUACAAAGACAGGAAGAAAAGAAAGAAAUGUUGAAUCAGGUUAAGAAAGUUCGAAAGGGGAUGUCUAAAGAUCUUGAUUUUCUUGAUGGUAAAAAAAAUAAAUCUAUUGGAAGAAAAUCUAUGGAAAAGAGGAAAAUGAAAGAUAAAAAGUUUGGCUUUGGUGGAAAAAAAAGCGGCAUGAAAAGUAAUACAAAGGAUAGUGCUGCUGAUAUUAGUGAAUUCAGAAAUCCUGGAAANCAUAAGUAA